CAGCCGAAGUCGUGGCAGGGCUUUCUUUAUUACUCCUGUCCCAGCCAUGACUUGUCUCUCACUCAUUCAAACAACGCAUCCCCCAUCCUCAUCAUCCACAUCAUCCUCGUCGCUGUGUCUUCCGCAGGGACACGUCGUUAAUCUUCCUCCACUCAGAUCACUAGUCCUCGCCGACGCCACAAAGUGUCCGCCGCGAUCAACCGCGACAUCAGUCACCCAGCGUGACGCCUGCCUUCACUCAUCCACACCUUGACUGCAACCGAGACCUCCCAGUCCGUCUUCGCUCGCACAAACCACCGCGAACACCAACCACCACCCUCACCUCAAACACACCUCCACCGCAAAGCAUAACCACCUUCCAACACCACUCAACAUGUCGGGCAAGCUAGACCAAUCCCUCGACCAGAUCAUGCACGACGGCAAGCCCGCCGGCGCCGCUCGUCGCGGUGGCCGCAUCGGCCGUCGACCUGCCCGCUCCGCCAAAUCCAAGGCCAAGGCCGCCAUCGCUGCUCCGGCUGGUGGUGUGCAGAAGAAGAGCGCCCGCGCGCCCGCUCCCUCGGCUCUGACAGCCCCUUCUACUGGCGACAGCAAGAUCAUCGUCAGCAAUCUGCCCGAGGACGUCACUGAGACGCUGAUCAAGGACUACUUUGGCAAGACAAUCUCCCGGGUCAAAUACGUCAACCUUACCUAUGGGCCGACUGGAAAGAGCCGUGGCAUUGCCACCAUUGUGUUCGCCGACCCUGCCGCCGGACCCAAAGCAGCGCGCGACCUCGACGGCGUCAAAGUCGACAACAGGGCUAUGAAGAUCGAAGUCGUGCUCGGGGCGAAACACGCACCUGCGCCUCCGGUCCCCAAGGGUCUGGCGGAUCGCAUGUCGCAGCCAAAGGGCGCAGCAGCAAAGAACAAACCGAAAUCGGCGGCGGCAAAGACGAAUGGAGCGGCUGCUACCAACGGAGCUGACAAGGGCAAGCCUGGUCGCGCUCGCAAGGCCGGCCGUGCUGGACGUCCGAAGAAGAAGACUGCGGAGGAGCUGGACGCGGAGAUGCAGGACUACUUUGGAGACUCGGGCGCGGCCAACGGCGCUGCCCCCGCAGUUGCUGCUCCUGCUGCCAAUGCCGACGCCGGUAUGGUGGAUGAGGUGUUGUAGAGGGGGAGAUAUUGUGGAUCACCGGGCAAGAUGCAUUCGAUGGCGGGACGGAGCUCAAUAAGACUGAUGGCCUCGGGCUAGGCAAGAAAUUGAAUCGGCGUUGGGACAGGCCACAGACACAGCAGAUGUAUCAGUAGAACUUCGAGAAUGCACACUCAUGGCGUUGCGCGCU